AUGGCUUCGCCGGAGAAGGGAAAGGAGACAGACAAUGGAAAACCGCCCGCAAAGAAGGAAGGAUUGGGGUGGAUAGAAUGGCUGAUGGGGUGGUUAAGUCUGGCGUACGAGAUGUUGUUCCAGAGGAUUAUCGCCAGCAAUUUGCCCAACCCGAUGCCCCUUCCCCCCAUUAAUGACCUCACCUUUGUUGUCACCGGUUCCACCUCUGGGAUCGGCAAAGAAAUUGCCAGGCAAUUGGCUGAAGCAGGCGGGCAUGUUGUGAUGGCUGUCAGAAACCCAAAAGCAGCUAAUGACUUGAUUAAAAAGUGGCAGGAAGAUUGGUCUGGGAGAGGUCUUCCUCUUAAUAUCGAGGUUAUGGAGCUUGAUCUACUCUCUCUGAGUUCUGUUGUGAGAUUUGCUGAAGCUUGGAAUGCACGUUCAGGACCUCUACAUGCUCUAAUCAACAAUGCUGGGAUAUUUUCCAUUGGAGAGCCACAAAAAUUUUCAAAGGACGGGCAUGAAGAACACAUGCAAGUGAACCAUCUAGCUCCAGCACUGCUUUCAAUAUUGCUAUUGCCUUCUCUGAUCAGAAGCUCGCCAAGCCGCAUUGUCAACGUGAAUUCAAUUAUGCAUAGUUUAGGAUUUGUUGAUCCUGAUGAUAUGAAUAUUACCUCUGGGAAAAGAAAAUUUUCGAGUAUGGUGGGCUAUUCAAACAGCAAACUGGCUCAGAUCAUGUUCAGCACUGUCCUUAACAAGAGACUGCCAACCGAAGCUGGCAUAAAUGUAGUUUGUGUUUCUCCUGGAAUAGUACACACUAACGUUGCGAGGGAUCUCCCAAAGAUUGUUCAAGCUGGUUACGGUUUAAUUCCAUAUUUUAUUUUCAGUCCUGAAGAAGGCUCCAGAAGCACACUAUUCGCAGCCACCGAUCCCCAACUUGUGGAUUACUGUGAGUCUCUAAAAGCAGAAGAUUGGCCGGUUUGUGCUUUCAUUAAUCAUGAUUGCCGGCCAGCAAAUCCUUCCGAGGAGGCACACAAUCUUGAGACUUCUUAUAGAGUAUGGGAAAAAACGCUUGAGCUUAUUGGCCUACCUUCAAAUGCUGUGGAGAGGCUUUUAGAAGGGGGCCGAGUUAAAUGCAAAUAUGGGGCCGCCUCAGAGUAG